AUGUUCAACCGCGACCGACUCCCAGGCCUUCCUGGAAGCUCCCCUCGGCCAGCACCACGCAACGACGGUUACGGACGGCCACCGCAACAGCAACCACCUCAAGGGCCUCCGCGCGGACAAGACACAAGAAUGGGCGGCUACGAUGACCGACAACCACAAGCCUAUGGUGCUCCACCACCAGGUGGACAGCGUAUGCCUGCAAGAGGCCCACCAGGAGGCGGCGGAGGGGCCGGGCCUGCAAGACAGUUACGGCCCAUCAAGAGCCCAGGAGGCAAUGCCUAUGCCUUUGGCAACAUUGUUGCAGUCUCGCCUCAAGACUUCCCACCAAACCCCGACGGCUCCGAUGUCUACAUCCUCGUCAACGGAAACUUCGCCCUCUCUGCUCGGCCUACACAAGGAUGCAACCCAGGCGAGAUUGGUCUCACGGAUGCACAACGAACAUGGGCUAGCAUAUCACUUGGGCCUCAGGAGCUUGUCAUGGCAGCACCUUACGACCACUUUGCUCAGAGCGGCGGAAAGUCAUACCUGGGCGCAGUUGAUGUCGAAGUCGGAUUUGCAGGGAGGAAGACCACUGAGACGCCGUAUGACCAGGACGAGCUCGCUACCAUGCUCAAGAAGAGUUUCGAGAACCAGAUCCUUGCGCCAGGCCAGCAACUCUUGAUGGAUAUCAAGAGUAUACCACUCAGGCUAUCCAUACGAACUGUCACACUUGCCGAUCUGUCCAUGGAGAAGGACGACACCAACGCGCCCUCCCUCACCGACCCGCGUGCUCGUGGAAUCCUCACCAGACAUACUCAGGUCGACUUCUUCAAGGACGCUCGAACAGACAUUAAACUAAAAGCAUCAGCGCGACGCGCAGCGGCAAACUCCAUCAUCCAGCCAGGUUUCAAGUUCGAAGAUAUGGGUAUCGGUGGCUUGGAUAAAGAGUUUGGUGCCAUCUUUCGACGAGCUUUCGCCUCCCGUAUUCUGCCUCCGGGCAUUCGCGAGAGAAUGGGUAUCGAUCACGUACGCGGUAUGCUUCUAUAUGGACCCCCUGGUACUGGUAAAACUUUGAUUGCUAGGCAAAUCGGAAAGAUGCUGAACGCCCGGGAGCCCAAGGUCAUCAAUGGCCCUGAAGUACUAAACAAGUACGUCGGAGCUUCGGAAGAAAACAUCCGAAAAAUGUUCGCCGAUGCAGAGAAAGAACAAAAGGAGAAGGGCGAUGAGAGUGGCCUUCAUAUCAUCAUCUUCGACGAACUUGACGCUGUCUGUAAGCAGAGAGGUUCUGGUGCAGGCAGCGGUACUGGCGUAGGCGACAGUGUUGUCAACCAGCUGCUAUCCAAGCUCGAUGGUGUCGAUCAGCUGCACAACAUCCUACUCAUUGGUAUGACGAACCGCAUGGACAUGAUCGAUGAGGCCCUCUUGCGUCCCGGUCGUCUCGAGGUGCAUCUGGAGAUUUCCCUGCCUGAUGAGUCUGGUCGAGCCCAGAUCCUCAAGAUCCACACUGCGAAGAUGCGCAAGAACGACGUUCUUGCGCCCGAUGUCGAUGUCGAAGAGUUGGCUAAGCUGACGAAGAACUUUUCUGGUGCUGAAAUCAAUGGUUUGGUCAGGGCUGCCACAUCAUACGCCUCCAAUCGACAUAUCAAAGACGGCACCACUGUUAAGGCAGACGUGGAAGACAUCAAAGUUAUGCGACAAGAUUUCAUGACGGCACUCGAUGACGUCAAACCGCUUUUCGGUGUCGCUGAAGAGGAACUCAGCAAGCGACUACGACACGGUAUCAUCCACUACUCGUCAUUCAUCAAUGAUAUCCUGGAGGACGGACGCCUGUAUAUCAAUCAAGUCAGGAAACCAGAAUCAUCGCCGCUACUCUCUGUUGCACUACACGGACCACCAGGUUCUGGAAAGACAGCUUUGGCUGCCAAAAUGGCCAUUGAUUCAGGCUACCCGUUCAUCAAGUUGAUUUCAGCUGAAGAUAUGAUUGGCUACAGUGAAAUGCAAAAGGUUGGGCAGCUCGACAAGGUGUUCCGAGAUGCAUACAAGAGUCCAUUGAGCGUUAUCGUCAUUGACUCAAUUGAGCUUUUGUUGGAUUGGGUACCAAUUGGUCCCAGGUUCAGUAACACGGUUCUGGCUGCUUUGAAGGUCCUGCUUGGCAAGGAGCCACCAAAGGACCGUCGCUUACUUAUUUUCGCGACAACAACCGAACGAUCGGUACUUACACAGCUCGAUCUCUUCGCCAGAUUCGAUGCCGAAAUCGCAGUCCCGAACGUGAACACACAAAAGGAGCUCGCCAAUGUCCUGCAAGAAUCCGGUGCCUUCUCUGAUUCCGAUCAACAGCGUGCCAUCAGUGAGAUACAGGAGAUGACAGGUAACACUGAAAUCGGGGUCGGUAUCAAGAAGAUCCUCACCGGUAUUGAGACCGCGAAGCAAGACCAGGAUGUACCUGGCCGUUUCGCUCGCGUCAUGUCUCGUGCUAUUGCUGCGAACCGGGGUUCGAUUUAG